CGACUAAAGGAGUUGCUGCCCAAUAUUAUUGUGGUUGGUGUGGAUCCGAUUGGAAGUAUUUUGGCGGAUCCUACUGCCCCUCAGACGGAGAAUACACCGUAUCUUGUUGAAGGCAUUGGCUACGACUUUGUGCCAGAUGUUUGUGAAAGAAAGUAUGUUGACAAAUGGAUUAAAUCUGCCGACAAGGAGAGUUUUGCGCUAGCCUCGGAAAUUCACCGUGACGAGGGUCUGCUCGUAGGUGGCAGCAGUGGCUCCGCAAUGUGGGGGGUGCUACAAGCAGAAAAGGAUCUUUGGCCCGACCAACGCUGCGUGGUGGUGUUCCCUGACGGCAUCCGAAACAACAUGACAAAGUCCUUGGUGAUGCCGGCCACCUCAUCGUGGCACCAAGGUCCAGUACCCCGUAUUGUCGGGGGAAGCCAAGCGCCAGCAACGUUCGCC